AUGGCCGCACCGCGCGAGGUAUUCGUUAUAGGCACAAUGGACACUAAAUCUGAGGAGCUGCUCUUCCUCGCGUCGCAGCUCAAACGGUCCCUUACCUCCUUAACCCCCGCGGAACCGCCUUUUUCCAUCUCUAUAGUCGACGUCUCCGCGUCUCCGUCCUCCGCGGCUCCCGUUACAAGCACAUCAUUCCCUACCAUCUCCGUUUCCGACAUCCUCGCGUCGAAUCCAGACGCCGCCGCGAAGUCCGCCGCGUCUCUCGCCGCGGAUCGAGGAGAGGCGGUGCAGGCGGUGGCCGACGCGCUGAAGCGGUUCGUGCGGGGGAAGUGGGACGCGGGCGCGCUGGCAUGCGCGGCGGGGAUCGGGGGGAGCGGGGGAACCGCCAUCAUUGCGCCCGCGCUGAGGGAACUGCCCGUCGGCGUUCCUAAGAUAAUCGUCUCCACUGUUGCCAGCGGCAACACGGCGCCAUACGUGGGCACCUCAGACCUGCUGCUGCUGCCGUCAGUGGCGGACGUGGCGGGGCUCAACGCCAUUCUCCGCGCAGCCCUCUCCUCCGCCGCCGCUGCUCUCGCCGGCAUGCUGCUCCUGCGCGCCCUGCCCGCCCCGCAGCACCCCGCCCAACCGCCCUCCACCGCUCCGCCUUCCUCUGCGCCUGUGACAGUGGGGAUCACGAUGUUUGAGGUUACCACUCCGUGCGUUACGGAGGUGCAGCGGCUGCUCAGCAGAAAGGGCGGCAAGCAGGGAGGCAAGGCGGGAGGCGCAGGGGCGGUGGAGACGGUGGUGUUCCAUGCGACGGGCACGGGGGGUAGGGCCAUGGAGGAGAACGUUGCCUCUGGACUCAUUCAGGCUGUUCUCGACAUCACAACGACAGAGGUAGCGGACUAUGUGGUGGGAGGCACCAUGCCAUGCCGGCCCACGAGGUUCGACGCCGCCAUUCAGAGGAAGGUGCCCCUCGUGCUCAGCCUGGGGGCGCUCGACAUGGUCAACUUCGGAGAAGCUUCCUCCGUUCCCAAGGAGUUUGAAGGGCGCACCUUUCACGUGCACAACCCACAGGUCACCCUCAUGCGCACAACGGCCGACGAGAACCGUCGGAUCGCACAGUUCAUAGCGGGCAAGAUGAACCAAUCACAGGCGCCCGUGACACUGCUGGUGCCUGAGGGGGGCCUGUCGGCUCUAGACGCCCCGGGCAUAGCGUUUUGGGACCCUGCUGCUGACGCUGCUCUAUUUGAGGAGCUGGAGAAACAAGUGGUGCAGACAGACAGCAGGAAGGUGGGUACGGUGGUGAUGAAGGGUGGAGGGAUAGAGUGCGGUGCAUAUGGGUGGUGUGUGGUAAGGAACGACUGGUAUGCGAGGGAAGAUGGGCUGGUGUGUGCGAUCAUUCGUCUGCCCCACCACAUCAACGACCCUGCCUUCGCUGCUGCCCUCGUCAAUGCUCUCCUGCCCCUCCUCCCAUCCACCACUGCUCCCACUACUGCUUCCCCGCCUGCUUCUGCUGCUCCUCCCCCUCCCCAAACCUCCGAACCAGCCACCGCCACAACCACCCCUGCCCCCUCCACCUCUCCUUCCCCUUCCCCACCCAUCCCCACCACUCUCAACCCACCUCCUGCUCUCGACCUCACUCCAAUCCCCUGGCUAGUCGCCCGUCGCACCGCCAUCCUGCACUCCCUCCGGUCCCAAGUGGCAGCAGGGAGGGCGAUCAUAGGGGGCGGGGCGGGCACGGGCAUCAGCGCCAAGUGCGAGGAGAUGGGCGGCGUGGAUUUGAUUGUCAUCUACAACUCGGGACGCUUCCGCAUGGCAGGGCGGGGGUCGCUGGCAGGGCUGCUGCCGUUUGCCGAUGCCAAUGCUGUGGUGGAAGACAUGGCUAAGGAGGUGCUGCCGGUGAUCAAGUCAGUGCCAGUAUUGGCGGGAGUAUGCGCAACGGACCCCUUCCGCCAGAUGCCCCUUUUCCUGCGCCGCCUCGCCGCCCUCGGCUUUGCGGGGGUGCAGAACUUCCCCACAGUCGGCCUCUACGACGGCGCCUUCCGCACCAAUCUGGAGGAGACCAACAUGGGGUACCCUCUCGAAGUCACCAUGAUUAAAACGGCUAGUCUCCUGGGUUUCCUCACGACACCGUAUGCUUUUAACGAGGAGGAGGCGCGGAGCAUGGCAGCCGCGGGGGCUGAUGUGGUGGUGGCGCAUAUGGGGUUGACAGCAGCGGGCAGCAUAGGGGCGAGGACCGUGUGCUCUCUGCAGGAGGCGGUGGGGCGAGUGCAGCGGAUGGCUGAUGCUGCUAGAGGGGUCAACCCGGACGUCCUAGUGCUGUGCCACGGUGGUCCCAUCAGCGGGCCAGAGGAGGCACGGUACAUCCUGCAGAACACCAGGGGAGUGCACGGCUUCUACGGUGCGUCCAGCAUGGAGCGCCUGCCUGUUGAAAUCGCCAUCACAGAGAACCUCAAGGCAUACAAGGCCAUUCGCCUGCCUUGCUAA